AUGGAUGAGGAAGAAGCAGGUGCACCCCAAGAAGCGAACCUAGAAACGCCUGGAAAAGUAACAAGGGAAAGACCAGUUUGUGUUGCGGCACUCUGCCUUGUCGGUGACUUUAGCAACGCACGCGGCGGGCAAGUUCCGUCCAAGGUCCCUGCUCCCGCGACAGGCAUACAUUUGGUAAUAGGGUUAUCGUAUGUGUCUGUGUGUGAUUUGGCUUGCCUCCUCCCCCUGGGCGCAGCACGACAGCUCCGCGUCAUAGCACAUCGAUCUGUGUGUGUCAACGCUCCACAAAGUACUCGGGACAGCCUCCAGUUGGCGCCAGAAAGCGGCUACAAAAUGGCUCAGCAUUACAAAAUGGCGGCAGGAAAUGACAUCAGAACUAACUUCCAGCUACUCAAGAUCCACGCAAGACAGACUUUACUGGUUGCAGUCUGCUCCUUUUAUGCAUUCCCACCUGAAAAGCCGCCUGCCACUGCUAAUUUAAAAAAGGAAGAAGGAAGGAAGAGAGAAAGAAAGAAAGAGAGAGAAAAAGAAAGAGAGAACGAAAAGGAAGACAGCAUCUCUCUGAUGAUUUCGACACAGACACACUUUCAAACAAGCAGUUGAUUUAUGUUAUCCUCCAUGUGUUUUGCUGUGGUAUAGCCCUCUCCGUAUAGUGCCAAAAAGCACACAUUUGAGUUGGUUCUCAGGUUGCCCUGAUGUGGAGGAAGAAUCUGGAUUACAACAGAAGGUCCACCUACUGGUCCGUAUUCUGGGAAUUGUCACUUUCGUGACUCCUGUGCCGCAUCCCCUCCAGACUCUACACUCCAAUAACAGUGGCAGCCCUACAGGGGGCACAGAAGCAUGACAUUCAUCAGAUGACAUUCAAGCAGCCCACUGUCCAACAAUCCUAUACCAUAAAAUGGUUAGGUGUGCGGCCGUGCUGCCCGUGUCUUUUUGGGCAGUUCUGAGCAUGCGCGGAGCGCAUGCGCAGAACUGCCAAAAAAGAUACGGCCGCCCAGAUAGGGGCGGCCAUGUUGUAUCUGAGCAGGGAAAUGCGGCGGCGGCAGGAGGGACUGGCUCCGCUGGCGGCAGCCACCGCCACGCCGAGAAGCCUGGUUCCGCUGGCGGCGGCCGAAAAGACUGGCCCCGCUGGCGGCAGCCGAGAGGACUGGCCCCGCUGGCGGUGGCCGAGAAGCCUGGUUCUGCUGGCGGCAGCCGCCGCCGAGAAGACUGGCCCCGCUGGCGGCGGCCGACGCCAAGAACACUGGCCCCGCUGGCAGCCCAAGGUGAGGCCAAAAGCAGCACUCCCCCACUAGAGCCCGUUAUUAAAAUGGGCUUACAAAUACUAGUUGCCUAUAUUCUUCUUGCAAGCAAUGAUGUGUAUACUACUCUGCAACGUUUGCUUGGGUGAUAAAGAAAAUUCAAGGAGAGCACAUAAAAAAUCACGGGGUUCUUUCAGUUUCUGGUCAUCAUAUGUGAUAUCACAUGUCAGUUUAGAGCAGAAGUUCCUAACUUGUGGUUCCCGGAUCUUACUGGACCACAACUUCCAUGAACCCCAGCCACAAUGGUCAAGGGGACCACAGUCAAGCCACAAUGGUCAAGGGGAUGAUGGGUCUUGUAGUCUAACAACAUCUAGGGACCCAAGGUUGGGAACUCCUGAUUUAGAUGUAUGUUUGUGUUCUAAAUACUUGGUUCUAAUUCUUGUUGAUACUUUAUUGUCCAUGUUAUUUGUUCUUAACUAGUAAGGGUGGUAUUUGUUUGCUUGUUCUGUAUAUAUUAGAUUUCUGCUUUUUUUGUUUCUGAAGUGCAGUGGCUUUUGGUCAUAAACAAAAAAAUAAAGUUUGUACACUAACCACUA